CAGAAGAGAGGGAAAACAACGGAACCGAGCAGAAUGGAAUAAAAAUGAAAGCAAAGACAGUGUUGGACCACAGCUGGAUGUGAGGGGUACCAAAUGAAAUUGCUUAAACUGAGGGAUUAGUGCGAUCAGGUGGUGAUAGAUCUGCAGUGGAAAGGAAAGGGGGGGAGAGCAAAAUAUGAGCUGCGUCUUCGGUGACGCUGGCGCGCAGUUUGGGGACGGAGUCCGCAGCGGCGACGCGCUGACAACCCGCUUUUAGAUGGCUCCAACAUUUGGGGUGCAGCAAAACAGGUGUCAGGGAAGUGUCGUCACGAACCCCGGAAGCCGGAGGAGGAGGUGGGAACAUCAGAGGGAAAGAUGGCAGCGAAAUCCGAUGGUCGCGGGGUCGUCACCGGUUUCGCCCAGCUGCACAACCUGGACGAAGUGGUGGGGACUGGAGAGGACGACGGGCGGGACGGCAGCUCCUUCCACAUCUGCCACUGCUGCAACACCUCGUCGUGCUACUGGGGCUGCCGGAGCGCCUGUCUGCAUUACCUUCGGAGGAAGGGGAGAGGGAAGGAGAGGGAAGCGGGGCGACCACCACAGGAGGAGCGCCUCUGGCUGGACUGCCUGUGGAUCGUCCUGGCGCUGCUGGUGUUCUUCUGGGACGUGGGCAUCGAUCUGUGUCUGGCCGCUCACUACUACCACAAGCGGAACUUCUUGUGGUCGGGCCUGACCCUGUUCUUCGUGCUGGUGCCCUCGGUUCUGGUCCAGAUCCUGAGCUUCAGGUGGUUUGUACAGGAUUACACCGGCGGCGGACUGGGCUCCGUGGAGGGACUUAGCAGUCGGAGGGCUACGACUAGUUUCCAGAGAGACAGGUGCUGUCGUCUGUCUGUCUGGCUCUGGCAGACCAUCAUUCACAUCUUUCAGAUGGGACAAGUGUGGAGGUACAUUCGCACCAUGUACCUUGGGAUACAAAGUCAUCGGCAGAAGGAGAACCAGAGGCGCUUUUAUUGGGCUAUGAUGUACGAGUAUGCUGAUGUCAACAUGCUGCGACUGCUGGAGACCUUCUUAGAAAGCGCCCCUCAGUUGGUGCUGCAGCUCUGCAUCAUGAUCCAGAGCAACAAGGCUGAGUGGCUGCAGUGUCUUUCUGCAAUGUCCUCCCUCCUGUCCCUGGCCUGGGUGCUAGCCUCCUACCACAAGCUCCUCCGUGAUUCGCGUGAUGACAAGAAGAGCAUGAGUUACCGAGGUGCCCUGGUGCAUCUGUUCUGGCGCCUUUUCACUAUCUCUUCGCGGGUGCUCUCCUUUGCCCUUUUUGCCUCAGUUUUCCACAUCUACUUUGGCAUUUUUGUGGUGCUCCAUUGGUGCGCCAUGGCUUUCUGGGUUAUCCAUGGUGGCACCGACUUUUGCAUGUCCAAAUGGGAAGAAGUACUGUUCAACAUGGUGGUGGGCGUAGUCUACAUCUUCUGUUGGUUCAAUGUACGCGAGGGCCGGACGCGGUACAGAAUGGUGACCUACUACACUGUUGUGUUGUUGGAGAACGCCAUGCUGACCUCACUUUGGUACGCAUACCGUGACCCAGCCACCACUGACGCCUAUGCCUCUUUUGCCAUCUUUGGCGUCUUCCUGUGCUUUGCCUCAGGUGUGGCCUGCAUGAUUCUCUACUAUGGGGUCCUACACCCCAUGGGCCCCCGACUGAGGAUGUUGGCAAGCUCCUGUUGCGCUGAGCUGCUAUGGGGCCUUCCAUUACCACCUGAAGCUGAGCCAAUGGCUCCCACACCUGGGCCCCGUGGCUCCCAGGCUACCCCUACACGAGGUGUGGCAGGGGAACAAAUGGGAUUAGACGAAACAGCUACAGACACAUGCCUUCCGGUUUUCCAAGUGAGGUCUACAGAGCCUGUAGAUGCAGCCGGCAGGCCCAUCCCGCCUGAGGGCCCACUUAUUAAAAUAGACAUGCCCAGAAAACGCUACCCAGCCUGGGAUGCACACUUUGUUGAUAGACGACUGCGCAGGACCAUAAAUGUGCUGCAGUUUAUUAGCCCUAAUGCGGUGGGCAUCAGGUACAGGGACGGUCCACUUCUUUAUGAACUUCUACAGUACGAAUCCUCCCUCUGAAGGCCCUUCCCACGGUUCUAUUUCCACUUAUUCCACAAAAUGAUGCACAUUCAUUUCGUUUCUCCUCAGAUGUUGCAUCUUUCCAUUUAUUCUCGGGCUCUCUUCAUCACUCCUCAAUGAUCCGAAAGGUUUGCAGUUUUCCAGGAUGUGUUUUUUGCUAACCAAAAACCUGACAGAACAGACUACACACACAUUCAAGAAUUAUUUUUGAAAAAAAAAACACAUAAUACACAGAGAAAGUUAUGAACAUUACAGUAUCCCAUUUGAUAAAUAUAUAUAAAUAUAUAUGUCUCAGAUAAAUCUCUAUACUGAUAUAGGAGGCUUCUAAAUGAGUGUGUAAAUAACAUGAAUGUUUCAUUAUGAAAUGUGUUUAUGUGUUAUAAUGUGUUGGUGAUUCAACCUGUGGAUAUUUGUGAAGGGCAUAUUGUUUGUCUCUCUGAUAUGGUACUGGUACAAAGCCUGAUGGGAAUGAUGGAGGAGAGUCUCAGAGGGACCAGUUCUUUGCACACCCCAACAUUUACUGCCAUUUUUUUUGUAAGUCAAAUACAUCACAUAUAUCAUGUUUACAAAGUCUUUAGCCAAUGAAUAAAAAAUAUAUUUAAAAUACAGUGAAAUAUAUAUGUUGAUACUUCAAAGUCCAUAAUAAACAAAAAAUCAUCUAAAUGAUGUAAUUUGGCAUGUUUUUUCCCUAUUUUGCUUUAUUUUGUACAUGCGAACUGUGAUUUCUUUUUUCAAGAUUCCAAAACAAAAAUGAAAAUGCAUUGAAACAUAAAUAAGCACACUGACCUUCAAUCUGUUUCGCUCACAAACUCGUUCUUUUUACAAUGCAGACUGCCCUCUAGUGGAGGUGAGCAGUAACAGAUUGCCUUACACGACUCCAAACAUCAGCACAAAAUCCUAAAGAAACCAUUUAAUACUAAAAAAACAUUAGUUGAAAAUAAGCACAUUUUCCAUAUUAAUUAGAAUAAAACGUAUUACAAGCAUUCCAAAGACGUUUUUUAAAAUAGACUUUAAGUAUUUAUUCAAGGGUGUAAGGGUACAAAUGCAUAUUAAUGUGCAAAUAUUUAAGUACAAAGACAGCCUUCAGGGAAUCCUCCACCAUUCCCUUUUGAAUACCGGAAAGUACAACCUCCCUAUUUUGUUGAUAUGUGCAAAGACUUCCUUAAAACACACAUUUGAGAUAUUUCUCUGCUAUCAUACAUCAUUGUCAACAUUUAUAGUCACUGACAACAUUAUAUAUUUGCCAGAACCCUCUUUUUUAACAUAACUCUAUUCUCUGCGUUAAAAGGUACACUCCUCACCAACUGUGUGCCCUUAAAUAGGUGAUAACCUUAUAUACCUUAUGUGUCUGCUCUGGCACUUGCUGGCAUGUUGAAACAAAGCCAAAUCAAAUCUUAAAGUACUGUCUUUGUAAUUUAUCUGCUGCCCUCCCACCCUCCAUUGACCUGUUGAAUGGGUCUGAGCAAAACUGUGCCAUCUUAUUGGCACACUGUGCAGCAAUUAUAAAGUUAAGAUAUUCUCCUGGUUGAUUCUGUGUGAGCUCUCCGCCACUGAUACCCCAGGGACAACCACAAUCCUCUCUCUCUAUCUUAAAAAGAAAAGAAAUAUAUAAAACGUAUCUAUCUAUGUAUGUCUACAUAAUACCAUGCCUUCUAAGUCAAAGGAGCUUGACUAAAAUUCCCGCAGAGGGCUACUGAAAAUUCAUGAGAACAAUGAAUGCAUUUCAUACUUCAUUUCAUUUAUAAACUCAAUGAGUCAUUUAAACUUUUAGAUUGUUGUUUGGCAUGAUUUUAGCAUGGUAGUAGUACAUCAACAAAUUAAAUCUAGCAGGGGUUUCCCAAGAGCCCUUUACAACACAGAGAUACCUUGUUCCUGGCUUACUGGCGUUCAGCAUAGCUGUGGCCUCAUGUGCCUGCUAACAUUGUACUGUAAAAAAGCAGAUGCCCUGUAAGUCAAGAAAUAAGGUGAAAGAGGGUUUUUUGCCAGGGAUGGAAAAGAACAUGAGGACAGAUCGCUCUACAGGGACUGAUUAGAUAAUGUAUGGUUGUGGGCGUGGACUCAUGCGUCCAUAGACUUUUCUCACGGUUCUGUUCUCUUGCCGAAUGUUUGGCUCCAUUCUUGGUUGCUGCUCCACCCUCUUCCCCGAUUCUACUGUUCAGGGCCUUGGCACACUCCUGCAAAACUCUCUCUGGUCAAUGACCGACAGGGCUGAGGCUUAACAAACAGAGACCCUGACAUGAGAACUUGCAAUGAGGUACACUGCCAUGACCAAAAGCUUCAAUGUUCAGCCGGGGUCUAACACCCUUCAGCCCUGAGUUAUUUAGGAUAGUUGAGUCAGCAAGGGUGGGGCAAACAGUCAGCACACAAGAUUAAUGAAUAUCUGUAUGCAAACAAUUAAGUUCUUAAUUUUUUCAUUAUAUUAACUAGAUUACCUUCUCUGUUUAGUGAAGGAACAGCCAUGCAAACAGGUAGCUGAUGAGUGAUUGAUUAAUAACUAUUGUUACGCAAAACAAAAGAAGAAAAAUAGCCAACAGAGGUGUUCCUCAGGACCAACAACCAAGACCACUGACCAAGCUGACUCAGGGGUGUCUCAAUGCAGUUCUCAUUUCCAGGUGCAUCCUUUAGGGUCUGCAUUAUUUUUUGUCCUUACAUAUUCCAUCCUGGAUCACUCCUCGGCUGGGAUUACACCCUUCAGUUCCAGUUUACACUUUUUCUUUCAAUAGGAAUUGUUGUUUUUAAUUAGAUUAAGGCUCUAUUUUGUGGUGGUUGGCUGUCUGGCAGGCAGUGCAUACUUUCUAAACACUGCUGACAUUUUCCAUAGGAGGACACAUGUCCAAAUCAGGUGCAAAUACACUGUGACUUAUUCAUUUUUUUCCCUGUCUGUGACUGGGUGGGAUAAGGAGAUAAAAGAUGGUGAGGAGCAGUACAACAGUAUUACAUAGCUCCACAUACAAGAUUAUGUUAGACUGGGCUGAAUUUCAUUUUUGUGGUGCUUGUUGUAUAAUGCAGAGUAUUUAUGCUUGUGUAACUGUAUCAUUAAAAUAGAAGUGACUGCAAAAUAAUUCACUUUAAAGACUAGAAAGAGUGUACAUGCACAACUCUUAAAUUGUUUUGAAACAUAAAGUAUAUUUUAUGUAUUUCUACCGAACAACCACCAUUCUGCCACAAUCUGUAACCAAUGAUUAGCCAGAUAAUAAGUGGGUCUUGUAUUGUUCUUUUUAGUUUUUUCCUAUAAUCUUUAAAUUUACAUGGGUCUCAAGAGCAAAGCUAAAUAUAACAAAAUUAAGGAAGUUUAUCUACAGUAAAACAGUGUUUAGGAUGAUACACAUUAGACCAUAGCUAACGUCUUAAAGAAAUCCCCUACAGAGAUCUCAGUCAGGAUACCUUUUCAAUACCAGAACUCCUGAUGACCGCAACACACAGCAAGAGCAUUUGAACAGCAAGUUUGUUCGUCUAAGUCCUUGUUGUGCCUUGUUACUUUGGGUGCUUCAAUCCUGCCAUGGCAGCCAGGUACACAAACAGCAAUGCCAGCGUCUUUCUUUACUUUCUUCUCAUGUGCCAACCUGCUCAUCAAGAUGAUAACAUCAAGCCAGUCAACUUUGACAGUGCCUUUCAAAAGUAUCCAUACCCUUUCAGCUGUUUCACUUGUUGUCAGGUAUAACUACACACGUAAAUGUAGUUUUAUCGGAUAGACCAACUGAAAGUAUUGCGUAAUUGUGAAGUGGAUGGAACAUUACAUGUGGCUUUUUAAAUGUUUUACAAAGAAAAAUAUGAAAACAGCAGCACACAUUUAUAUUGAGGCUCUUUGAGUCAGUCUGUUUUAGAGAUUUCUUUUCCCCAGCAAGUCUUUUUGGGAAGGUUUUUACCAGCUUUGAACAUCUAGAGACUGACAUUUUUGCCCAUCCUUCCGUGUGAAAUGGUCCAAACUCAGACAGAUUGGAUGGAGAGUAUCUGGGAGCUUCAUCUUUCAGGUUUUUCCACAGAUCCUCAAUUGUAUUUAGGAUUAAGCAUUGCUGUAAGGUUUACCUUAACUCUUUUUGAGCCUCUAACAGGUUUUCUUCCAGGAUUACCAUGAAUUUAGCUCGAUUCACAGAAAACAUCCCAACAGUAUGAUGCUGCCACCACCAUGUCCAUUUUGGUCUCAUCUAACCCAAGCACUUUCCUUCACAUGUUUGCUGAGUCCCCAACAUGGCUUGUAGCAAACUCCAAGGACUAGAUUUGUGAAGUGCAAGGCUCAUACAAUCUAUCUUGUUGACGGAUUCUACCAUAAAAACUGUUUAUCUCUGCAGCUCCUCCAGAGUUGCCAUGGGCCUCUUGGCUGCUCUCUGGUUAAUGCUCUACUUGCCUGUCAGUUUAGGUGUGUCUUCAUGGUGCCUUUUGUUCACUAAUGUUCUCCAACAAACCUCCGAGACCUUCACAGAACAGCUGGAUAAAUACUGAGAUUAAAUUACACACAUUAUACACUCUAAAGGCAAUUAGUUGCACGUGGUUUUAUUGGGGUGUAUCACAGUAAAAGGGGAAUAGUAUAAAUUCAUGCCACACUUUUUAGAUUUAUUUUUCAUCAAACAUUUUGAAAACAACUUAUUAUUUUCCUUCCACUUCUCAAUGAUGCACUACUUUGAGUUGUUUUUUCACAUAAAAUCCCGAUAAAACACGCUGAGGUUUGCAGUUGUAACAUGACAAAACUCAAAAAAUUUAAAUAGGAAUGAAUACUUUUGCAAGGCAUUGGAUUAUGCCCCCUGUUAAUUUAGCACAUUACAGCCGUGGGUUUAUACUUGCCUCUGAAGAAACUUUUGAACUGUUUUUGUUGGAGAUUUACAACACAAACCAACCACGACGUUAAAAAAGAUAUGGUCAACGAUUGUUAAAGUACUUUUGUUGAUGCCUUCUUAUUUCUUGCACUUAUGAAUAUUUUGUUGUGCCAAGAAGUAAACUUUAAGCGUUUUUUGGUGUUUUGUGAGUGUGUCCUCUGGCCAAAACAACAAUGCCUGUAGUUUAAAUAUGAGGAAGUUGAUGACAAAAUGUGUAAAAAUGUGUUGUGUAGGAUUUUCUGUGAUAAAACAGGUAGAUCAUUACAUUGUUUUCAAAUUCCCAUAUUUUCUUCCACUUCCUAGCAUGCCUUUCAGGGCUCAUUGUCAGGUGACCCUCAGCAUUUAGCAUGUCAGUGCUCAAAUGACCUUCUGAUUUCUACAUUAAUUUGUAGCAGCAGACCACUGUAGUGUUUGACCUGGUUUAAGUGACAACUAUCGUUUUUACCACAAGGAAAAGGAUGUUGAGAUAGCAGAUCAGUGCAUUUAUUUUUCCAUAUUUGUUCCUCCUCUAUCUUUUGUCAAUAACCUGGUGCUGAAAAAAACUACAUUUAAAAGGUGCUACCAGGGUGGACUGCAGAGUCCACUUUUUGGCUUUCCAAGAGUAUAGACUUGCAGUGAAACUGAGAAAGCCUGCACCUCACAAACUUGCAGUCUUAGAAUGCUCUGCAGCCAGCACCUCAAAUCCACACAGUUUACAGCAGAACUCAACUCUCAAUGGUGCCAUUUUAAUUUUCCAACCUUCACAAAAAAAGACUACACUUUCUUACUGCUUGAAUAAUGUUUAUUCUACUGGGUUCAACAUACCGUGUGGUUUUAUUUUGCAAUAAAUCUGUCUGCACUAGGAUUUCCUUUUUUUUUCUCUGAGAGAAUGAAAUCGGCAGAUGACAAAGUGAAUCCUUUUAGCAAAAGCAAAGGAGCACAAAUGUACGUCUGCCACUGGACUUUGGGUUGAAAAUAUAUAUAGAACGUGAUUGCUGUGUCGUAAAUUCCUGUCACCUAUAUGUCCUUUAUCUGUGUGUAUCUAUUUUUGUUCUUAUUCUUUUGCUAUUGUAGAAUCAGCUGUACUAUUUUGUUCAAAAAUGAAUUUGAUAUUUUGACAAAGCAUCUACGUCUUAAUAUUGCUGCUGAAUUUUUGGAAUUGUUCUAAAAAGUGUUGGGAAUUUGGCUUUGUUUAUAUUUAAUCAACUUAUUGAUUGUGUUAGCUUGUUGGUGUGUUCCAUGAAUACUCCAGGAGGGGGGGGGGGUACAUGAUUUAUCUAAGGUAUUCCAAAAGUUAGUCAUUAAAUCUGCUACAAAAUGUAGCUUCUUACGAUUGUGGAAACAUGCAGCCUAUGUUUUGAGAGAAAAACAUAUAAAAAGAGAUUUCUUUGUUGUUGUCAAAUAUGAAAUGUAAGUAAAUUGUUUUAAUGAAUCCCCGCUUCUUUAAAAAAAAAAAAAAAAGCAAAACUGAUGUCCAGUGUUGUACCUACACCCUAUUUUUGGGAACAAUAUGAAUAUUAUUAACAUAUGGUGCUAAAGUUCUUUUUGUAUGUUUUGGUUUUUAGAUGAAAAGAGAAAUAUUAUGCUGAAAAUGUAAUGUUAAGCCUUACUGUAGAUUCAUAUAACAGACUGUUCAUCCCAGAAGAGAAAAAUAAAUAUAGUAUUUGAAAGUGCAA